CAUCCAUUCAAUAGUAGUAGCUAAUGAGUAAUCUAUGCCUGAGUGUGUGAGAGUUAGUACUUUGUGAGUGUUUGUGUUUCAUCAGAAACAUUUUUUUAAAUGGGGAGAUCUCCUUGCUGUGAGAAAGUGGGGUUGAAGAAAGGAAGAUGGACUGCAGAAGAGGAUAAAAUCUUAACUGAUUACAUUCAAGAAAAUGGUGAAGGCUCGUGGAAAAUCUUGCCCAAGAAUGCAGGUUUGUUGAGAUGUGGGAAGAGUUGUCGACUGAGAUGGAUCAACUAUUUGAGAGCUGACGUGAAGAGAGGUAACAUCACUCCUGAGGAAGAAGAGAUCAUUGUCAAGUUGCAUGCUGUUCUUGGUAAUAGGUGGUCUGUGAUAGCUGGACAUUUACCAGGAAGAACAGACAAUGAGAUAAAGAACUAUUGGAACUCUCACCUUAGGAGAAAGAUCUAUUGCUUCAUGAGAUCUCUAAAUGAGUCUCUUCCACCCAUUGACAUGGCUGCUAUAAACUCUGCCACAUCCAAGAGAAGAGUUCGCGGUUCAAGAAACAAGCCAACCACAGAAGAGGAAAAGAACAUUGCUUUGAGCCAAAACUCCUUUGAGUCAAUGCCUAGUUGCAACAGAGAAGAAGGUGAAGAAAUUUCCAUGAUGGAUGCUUGUUAUGAAAUGGAGGGCAUUACAGUUAGUAGCAAAGCUGCAUCAUACCCCAGUCUUGAAGACAGCUUGGGACCAUAUCAUCAUUGGUCUGAUGAUGAAAUCAUGAAACUUAGUAACAUGUUUGAAAAUGGGGUGCUUGUGAAUCCAUGUGGUAAUGAUUUAACCCUUAAGGAGGAGCCUAAUGGAAAUGAAUGUGGCCAGAUGAAUGUGGAUGUAAUGGGAACAGAUCAAAGCAAGAACAAUGGUGUUUGGAACUCAUCAAAUGGAGAGAGUGGAGAAUGGUACCCCAAUUGUUCAUCAGUGAAUUCUGUCAUUGAUUAUCAGUGGUCUGAUUGGGACAUGGGAGGAAGUGUUCAAUCCAAUAAUCAGUGGAAUCUUUGUGAUGACCAAGUGAUGAAUUGCUUGUGGAGUACUGGCAUUGGUGAAAUAAAUUAUGGUUUUCAUCCAUAAUCCUAAUCAGUUGCACAAAAUUGCUUGCAAUUAAGUUGUUUAUAUAUAGUACGCAAUUUUAUUUUAUAAUAGCUUCGUGGGAUUAGGCUGGGGGAAAUUUAAUUAGAAGUGAAAGGGGGUUACUUGAUUUGUCAGUGAUUUGUGCAAUUUGCAAGAUGUCAUAUAUAAGAUUAAAAUCUAUGUUGUCGUUGUACUGAAAAUAAAUAAUUAAAGUGUAUCAAUAUAUAUGAUGUACUAAAAUAAAAGUCGUUAUU